AUGAAGUACGCUACCGCUCUCAUCGCCAUUGCUGGCCUUGCGGCUGCUCUGCCGCAGCCCGCUGAGAACAAUGUUGUUGCUCGUCGGCCAGCACGUCGCAAUGGCGGCCGGCCUCAGCAUUUGUCGAGCCCCAACAUGAGAAAUACUAGCUACCCCCAGUAUUCGAGCAACUGGGCCGGUUCGGUUCAGAUCGGCCAGGGUUUCAACAAGGUCCAAGGAACAAUCACUGUGCCCCGCGUCAGUGGUGACAGCGACUCUGCCGCAUCGGCUUGGGUUGGCAUCGAUGGUGAUACUUGCAGCACUGCUAUCUUGCAGACUGGAAUUUCCUUCUACGGAGACGGCACCUUCGACGCCUGGUACGAGUGGAUUCCCGACUACUCGCACUCUUUCUCCAACUUUGCUAUCAAGGUCGGUGACAAGAUCAGGAUGGAAGUUGAUGCUUCUUCCAAGAAGGCUGGCGUUGCGACUCUCGAGAACUUGACGACUGGCAAGAAGGUUACCCACACCUUCACCAGUACGCCAUCAACGCUUUGCGAGACCAACGCAGAGUGGAUCGUGGAGGACUUUGAGUCUGGUGGAAGCCUGGUUCCUUUCGCUGAUUUCGGCACUGUCACCUUCACCGAUGCUUCGGCCUCUGGAAGUCAAGGCACCGUUACGCCUAACGGUGGUACCAUCAUCGAUAUCAAGGACUCUAGCAGCGGAGAGGUUUUGACAGACUGCAAGUCUUCCGCAUCUGGUCUUACUUGCACGUACACCGGUUAA